CCGGCCGUAGGUGAAUAAAUUGUGCAACUAUUUCAUCGCCGGGAACUGUAGUUACGGGGAGAGGUGCAAGUUCUUGCACUCUUGGUUUGUUAGCGAUAGCUUCUCUUUGCUUACCCCUCUACAAGGCCACCAAAAGGUUAUUACAGGAAUUGCAUUACCCUCGGGCUCAGAUAAGCUGUAUUCGGGGAGCAAGGACGAGACUGUUCGGGUUUGGGAUUGUCAGAGUGGCCAAUGUGUUGGGGUUGUCAGUAUGGGAAGUGAAGUUGGUUGCAUGAUCAGUGAGGGGCCGUGGAUUUUUAUCGGGGUUACUAAUGCAGUCAGGGCUUUGAAUACUCAAACGUCUCUUGAUUUAAGCCUCGAUGGACCCGUUGGACUAGUAUACGCAUUGGUGGUUGGUAAUGAAAUGCUAUUUGCAGGAACACAGGAUGGGCGUAUACUGGCUUGGAAGUUUAACGUCGUAGGGAACUGCUUUGAACCGGCAGCUUCUCUUAUUGGCCAUCUUCGUGCUGUAGUUUCGUUGGUUAUUGGAGCAGGGAGGCUUUACUCUGGUUCUAUGGAUGAGACAAUAAGAGUUUGGGAUCUUACAACCUUACAAUGCAUCCAUACUCUCACUGACCACAAAUCGGUUGUCAUGUCAGUGUUAUGUUGGGAUCAAUUUUUGCUAUCAUGUUCUUUAGAUCAAACAGUAAAGGUUUGGGUCGCCACAGAAAGCGGAAAUCUUGAAGUGACAUAUACUCAUAAUGAAGAACAUGGAGUGCUUGCGCUAUGCGGGAUGCAUGAUGCUCAAGGCAAACCAGUAUUGUUUUGUGCCAGCAAUGAUAACACUGUUCGCCUCUAUGACCUUCCAUCAUUCAACGAGAGGGGUAAGAUUUUUGCAAAGAAGGAGAUAAGAGCUAUACAAAUAGGUCCUGGUGGCCUAUUUUUUACUGGAGAUGGAACCGGGGAGCUUAAAGUGUGGAAGUGGAUUGCUAACGAGGCUACAUCUGCUUGAUAGCAAUUAAAGGGGUAUUUUUUUUAUUUUAUUUUUAUUUUGUAAUUUAUAUUCUUCCCUCCCUUACGUAAUGUAUAAAAGGGCUGAGAUUAUGUAGAAGUGAGAGAGAGAUGCUCAAAGAGGUGCAGAGUAUUUGUAGUGAGAGGCAAGUCAAUUUUGAGAUCUUCCCUAUUGAUCUUUUUUUUUAUUAGAUCAUACAAGUAUUGUUGAAUUGAAAGAAA